AUGAGUACAUAUAUCAACUGCACGAACGCCGAGUUUCAAGUGCCGUCGGUGAGAAAGGUGAGACUACUUUUGCUCAGGUGGGAUUACUACGCGACCUUAGGACUGCACCGCGGCGCUUCUGAGGACCAGAUAAGAAGAGCAUAUCGUAAACUUGCUCUUAAAUAUCGCCCCGAUAAAAAUGCGGGAAACGAGGAUGCGGCCAAUAGGUUUGCUGCGAUUGGCCACGCAUACGGGGCACUAUCUGUUGCGGGUAAACGUCACUUCUACGGAGAAGAAGGUGUCAAGCAACAUACUUUCUCAACUUUUUUCGGCAGCAAGUUUGGCGACUUUGGUGCAGGAAGGGAGGCAGAGGCACUCAAGGGUGAUCCGAUCAACGUUGACCUUGAGGUCAGCCUGAAAGAUCUAUAUCUUGGUCAACUUUUGCGCCUUGGAAGAGAUAAAAAUGUCAUCAAGCCAGCAAAAGGUGUACGAAAAUGCACCUGUAAACAACAUAUGGUCACGCGGCAAGUUGGACCUGGGAUGUUUCAGCAACUUGCCAAAGAAGUGUGCGAGGAAUGCCCAAAUGUUAAGAUAACACGUGAUUGUGAAAGCCUGGAAUGUCGAGAUAAUCGCAUAUUCACUAGGGACGGUAACAACCUUCGCAUGACACAUCGGAUUGAUCUGGUUGAUACGCUCACUGGAUUCCGACAUAAUUUCACCCACAUUUACGGCCGCAUGGUUGAACUCGCAAGUUCCGCGAUCAUCUUCCCGGGCGAUAUUGAAAUUAAAUCAUCUGAAGGUAUGGCGGUGUAUGAGGGCAAUGAGAACUUCGGUUACUUUAUCAUCACGUACCAAGUCGACUUCCCAAUUCCCUUGAUGAUGAACAAAAAGUUCAAGUGAGGAAAUUUUUUUAGCGUCUUUCUGAAAAGCAGUUUCGUAUGUCGUACCAAUGGUACAAAACACGCAGGUCACAUCAUCUCAAUCCAUGAUUCGGACGGAUUUUAAUCUGCGAGUCGGACGGAUCUUCAGACGGAUUCGCCAGUGCACAACGUGUUGUCUCCCCUAUGGAGUUUUCCGAUGGAAGCUCUUUUGAAGCAGCCAAAAAGUUUGCUUCUCUCAAUUCGCAGAUGCUUUUGGCAGCUAAAAGUACCGUUGCAGCGCCCUCGCCGUAUUGAGCUACCCCUCCUUUCCAUUUGGUCGGUUCCUGGGUAUUUCGUAAUGCACAUUCAUCAUUCAUAUUCCAGUGGAUGAAAUAAGAGCGCCGUUUGACAAGUUUCAUUUCACACACGAUUUGAUCACUACUAUUCCAUAUGUGAUGGCAGGGAUAAAACAUCGUCGACAUUCGUGUCCGUAGACCUGUCAACCC